GCAGAGGCCGGGGUGGCGGCAGAUGGCGGCGUGGUGGGCGGCCGCGACCCGGAGCCGCAGCCCAGGCCUGAGCCUCACGGCCGCUGCAGCAGCAGCCCUGUCGGAGCAAGCCAGUGGGGAUGGUUACCAUGGCCACAUACUUCCUGACCUCAGCAUCAGCGGGCUGGACACUGGAGGGAUUCUGGGAGCUCUUCAUGGUUAUGCCGAUCAGACAAUCAUCUCCAUCAUUGAAGACUCGUCACCAGCAGAGAGUAAGUCUUCGCUGGACGAGGAGAGUGAAGCGACGUUACUGACGGCCCUGACCGAGAUACUGGACACGGUCGAUGAUGAGAAUCCCUCACCCUUUGACACGCUCCCCGACACCCAGUUAUUCUCCUCGCAGAAGGAUACGACCGACAGUCUGCUGGGGGUCGGGAGACACUCGUGGGCCUCGUUCCCAGAUGCAGCCAAGGAUCUCUUCACCUGCCUGGACCCGGCCGUUCCCCGGGGACUGUCCAGGUGUUCGGAGAGGACCAUCAGAAGCAGCUUUGGGCAGGAGAGUUCACCGCAUGAUGCCGGCGAUGCGGAGGGCAGCCUUGACGCCAGCCAGCCGGCCGGUGCCAGCCUGGGUCCACAGCCGGACGACAUGGACGCCAGCAUGGAGCCAGAGGCAGAGCUAGACGGAGUGGGGCUGGAGGACGACGCAGGGCUGAUGUUUGACCAGGGCUCGCCGUGUGUGAUCAAUGUCGGGAACGUCUCACUUCCAGAGCUGGUCCGGUACGUGCACCCGUACUGCCUGCCCGCCGAGCACCACACCUUCCAGCUGGACGUCCAGAUCGUGCAGGAGGACGAGGAGCUGGAAACGGGCCGAGCGGCCAUCCUGUGUGAGGGCCAGGAGGUUGACGCAGUGCCCCUGGUGGCUGGAGGACUGGCCCCAGAGACUCUGCCUGGACUCCAUGGGGUUGGGACUGUGGUGGAGACGGGAUCUGGCACACCCUUGGGCCUGAGCAUCGUGCCUGCGUCCCCCCAGCAGGGAGAUGCCCCGGUGAGGAGGAGGAGGGGGCGGCCGAGGAAGGUGGCCGGUCUAGCGAGAGUCGGGGAGACGCGGGGCCCAGCCACUGCCCCGCUGACCCGGUCAGCACGCCGGGCACAGCUCCUGGUCACUGCGGGGGAGGGUCCUGCACGUGGCCGCCUGCAGACCGAACCACCCCCUCACACAGCACAGGGAGGGCCAAGCAGGGGCCGGACCCUGAGCCGGGGAAGGGGCAGACGGGGGGUGACGAGCAGGAGACCCCCAGGGGCCGGAACCCCUCCCCAGAGCGGGUCUGGAGCGGGUGACCCCAGCCCCUGCAAGGGGGCAGUGGUCGUAGCCGAGCCUCUGCCUGCCCAAGAGGUCCAACCCGCCUCCCCUGCCUUACAGCCCCCUCCCACAUCAGAGCCCCCUCCCACAUCAGACCCCCUUCCCACAGACCCCUCCACAGCCCUACAACCCCCUCCCACCUCAGACCCCCUGGCCUCCGCUGAGGCCCCACAGGAGCUGUCCCCCACCCUGGAGGAGGCAGAGCGUUCAGCAGUCACACCGACCCCCAGCCUGGACCCCCCUCCCGGGGUCGCCACACCAGCAUUGUCUCCGGCCGCUGCCGUUGCCGCACCCAGGCCGAUCGCCCAACCGCCCGCAGCACCACCCAGCGGAGAGCACCGGCAACGUCCCAUCAGCCUGCAACAGUACCGGCAGCGGCUGCAGCAGAGGCAGCAAGGGGAGGAUUCCCGGGUCCCGCGGACCGGCUCGCGUCCCCCCGCCCAUGCUUGGCCCGUCGUGCCGAUCCACUCCAUCGUCCAGGGCGAGCUCAGCAUCCUGCCGCUGGACAGUGUGGUGGCUGGAGACCGGUCAAUCCCCCCGGCCUCACGCCAGGGCUCCGGCCCAGCGCUGGCCUGGGGCCAGACCCCCACCCUGACUACACCAGCGACACGCCACAUCCGCCCCACCCAUCCCCAUUGCCAGCCCCCUGCUGUCACCUGUCCCCAUCCUGCCCCCACCACAGCUGUACUGCCCAUCCACACCUUGCCUCCAUCUCCACCUCACACCCCAGUCCACUCCAGUCGAGUCAUGGCGACUUCUCUGGAACUUUCCCCAGCCCUCACCCACCCCGCUCCCGCACUCCCUUUCCCCACCCCACUCCCCCACCUCGCUCUCCCCCACCCCGCUCCACCACACCCCACUCUACCACCCCCCUCUCCUCCACCCCGCCCUCCCUCUUCCCCACCCUGCCCCUGCUCUUUGCCACCUUGCUACCUCCACACCGCUCCCCUACUCCACCCCAACUCACACCCCCUUCCCAACCCAGUCCCUGCCCUGCCCCUCCCCCGCCCUGUUCCCCACCCUGCCCCCACCCUCUCCUACCCAACCACUGCUCUGCCCCGUCCCCACCCACCCCCUACCCCUGGGUGUCUUGGUCACCCGCUCGCUGCCCGCAGCCCCCCUGUGGGAACCUCCCCUCGGCCCCUGGGCCCAGCGGUGCCGGUCCCUCCCUCAGGGGUGCUGCCCCCUCCUGCUCUGGGGGGCAGACGGAGCCUCCCGACCCAGGCUGACCCCAUCCCGGCUCCCAGAGGGCCCGCCCCGAGCCUCGGCCCAAAGGCCCAGCCACCCCGACCCACAACAACGCAGCAGCGGUGCAGCAGGGCGGCUGCAAGGGAUCCCGGCCGGAGCAGAGCUGCAGCCGUGCAGAGGAUCGCAGCUAUGAGCGGCGUUGAAGGUAUAGAGGCUGCAGACCUGAUGAGUCUGUUGGAACAGUUUGAAGUAACCGAGGUGAGAAAGGAGCCGUCCGUAUUGAUUACCGGGACGGAGCCGGCGGCCGGGCGAAGAUUCGCGGAUCAGGUGUUUGGGGCAGAACUGGCGAGCACAGCCGGUCUGACCCCUCCGGCCACUCCCCCUCACCAGUACUGGAUAUCGCCAUCGCCGGCCGUCACCGCCGGAGACGCUCACCCCGGGGGAAGCGCUGAGAUCGCCCCGGCCUCUCCUCCACCGCUCGGAUGGCUGCUCCAACCAGCCAAGUGUGAGGGACCGCCCACCCCGCCCUCUGACCCCAGGAGCUCACCCACCUCGCCCUAUGACACCAGAACCAAGCCCACCCUGCCCUCUGACCCCAGGAGUUCGCCCACUGACCCCAGAACCAAGCCCAUCUUGCCCUCUGACCCCGGAACCAAGCCCAUCCUAACUUCUGAUUCUAGAAACAAGCCUAACCUGCCCUCUGACGCCAGGAUCAUGCCCUCCUACCCCAAGCCCUCACCCACUUUGCCCUGUGAUCCCAUUGCUUCACUCACCUUGCCCUCUGACCCCAGGACCUCACCCAUCCCAUCCCCUGACCCCAGGACCUCGUCCAGCAUGCCCCAUGACCCCAGAACUCCGCCCUCUGACCUCAGGUUUCCGCCUUCUGACCCCAGGCUCGUUCCCACACCCGCCCCUUGCGUUGACCACGAGUACUGCUUGCCCGCAAGUGUCCGCAAGACCCUGCCCCCCUCCUCCCUUCCCCCAACAUCCCUGCCUCCCUCUGCCCUGCCCGACUUGGGCUGCCGCUGGAAUGUGAGGCGGCAGCAUGGCAUCACUAUUAAGCCCAUCACCCUGCUGAGCCGCCGAGCCACCGAGGCCUCAGACCGGGCCAUGACUGCGGAGGCACCCUCUUCACGAGGGCCUGCCUCGGGACCGGCGGCCAGAGUGGAUACCACCCCCUGCUCGCGCCUGGACGCUAGCCCCUUCCCACCCGGCAGUGCCCAGCACGGACAGAAAACCUCAUUGGAAUCCCCGCGGCACUCCCCGCAGACCCACGUCUCCCCCUGCUACAGCCGGGACUGCUCCACGUCCUCCAGCUCGGGCUCCUCGUCACGCUCGCGUUCACGGUCACCAGCACAGAAGAGGAGACGAUACUGCAGGAGACGUUCACGACAUUCCCGGCCCAGCUCCCGGUCCGAUUCCCGGUCGAGUUCCCGAUCCCGCUCGUACUCCCGAUCCAGCUCCCGGUCCACAUCUGCAUCCAGGUCCAGGUCCAGGUCUCCACAGAGUUGCAGUGUCCGCAUGAGUUACUUCGAGCAGCUGGAGCCGUUCGAGGAGCCCAGGCACCGGUACCGGACGUCGCGGCACCAGGCAGUGGAGCACAAGAUCAGCCGCAGCCGGGAGCUCGCCAUCGAGGAGCGACGGGUGGUGUACGUGGGGAAGAUCCGUAACGGCAUGAAACGCGAGGAGCUGCGGCGAAGAUUCGAGGUGUUUGGAGAAAUUGAGGAUUGCAACAUUUACUUCAGAACGCAGGGGGACAACUACGGAUUUGUCACGUUCCGCUACACCUGCGACGCCUUUGCGGCUAUAGAGAACGGGCAGACGGUGCGACGGCCCGACGAGAUGCCCUUCGACCUCUGCUUCGGUGGCCGGCGGCAAUUCUGUAAAACCAAUUAUGCCGACUUAGACUCUAAUCACAGUGAAGUCGGUCCCUAUUCAAGCAAAAGCAAGUUCGAAUCUUUAGACUUCGACACUUUACUGAAGCAGGCGAAGCGGAGCGCGCGGAGGUGACAGGAGUUCCCGCGGUGGGAGAGGAGGAGUGGAGGGGUGGGUGGUCUGUGACUGCCUGCCUCUCUGUGUCAUGCUGCUACUGAAGAGAAUGCCAUUGAUGGACUCUGCGUUGCUCUGCUCUGUCGCCCCGAUAGUGACUCGCCUCCGGGAGCGGGACAGUGAGCACGGAGUGAGAGAGAAGAAACCCACUUUUAAAUAAAAUAAAAUAAAAUACCACACGUAACAAAA